CGAACUGCCAAACUGCCCCAGUGGAAUGAGCAUCACUAGCAGCUUGAUGUGAGCAUGUGCAUGUAACUCUACCUUUUUCCUCUUUCCAGGUCCCUUCAGGCGCAGCCAGUGUCGCAUCCUUGCAGCGGCUGGGCCGCUUUGUCCCUCCUUCGUCAUCAGCCGCGAUUGCCAAUGCCCAUCUCCGAACUUGACAGAUCAACAACUUUACACUUUACUUUCCGCCAUCUUUGAUUUAAACCCACCACAAACUAGAUACCCAACAAAGCAACCACCCUCGGCAGACAUCGCCUCCCAAUCCCAACGCCCACGUCUUCUUCCCUUGCAAUUUUAUCACAUCGCGCGCAAUGUCAACCGCAACCCCAACACCGAAAUUCAACUCCAAAUCCCCCACCAUCCGCCGCAUCCUCCGCGAAGCCCACGAACUCACCACCACCCCGUCAGCGGACUACCACGCCGAACCCCUCGAAACCGACCUCUUCGAAUGGCACUUCACCCUCCGCGGCCCGCCGGCCUCCCCCUUCGAGCACGGCAUCUACCACGGGCGCAUCGUUCUGCCCCCCGGGUACCCGCUCCGCCCGCCCUCCUUCCGCUUCCUGACCCCCUCGGGCCGCUUCGAGACCAACCGCGAGAUCUGCCUGAGCAUCUCGGGCCACCACGAGGAGACGUGGCAGCCGGCGUGGGGGAUCCGCACCGCGCUGGUCGCGCUGCGCACGUUUAUGGAGACGGAUGUCAAGGGCCAGUUGGGCGGGCUCGAUGCGGCGGAGCCGGUGCGUCGGCGCAUGGCCGGGGAGAGUACCGCGUGGAAGUGUGGGGCGUGUUGCGGGGGGAAGAAUAACGGGGAGAUUUUGGGGGAGUGCGUGGAGAGGGUGAGGGAGAUGGGGGAGGCGGCCGCGGCGGAGGAGGUCAGUGUGCCGGAGGAGUUGAAGAUGGGGUGGCGGGAUGAGAUGGAGGCGAAGGGGAAGAAGGCGGGAGAGGAGGGCGGGGAAGGAGGGGAUGGGGAGAGUGAUGGGCUGGCCGAGGGGUUUGUGCAGACUGCACCUGUCUUGCCGACGUCGUCAUCAUCAUCGGGUAGUGGGCAGCAACAACAACAGAUGGCCGGAGGGAGCGCGGUACCGCAGCCGACAAGGACAGUACCGUUGCCGAACCCGCCUCCGGUGGCGGCUGGUCCGCCGCUGCAGCAGCUCCAACCGAGGGCGGAUGAAAGCACAGUGUGGCUGGACAGGUUGAUUAUUGCCGUGGCUGUCUUGCUGGCCGCCGUGGUUGCCAAGGUCAUGUUUGCAUGAGCUUUAUAAAGAGGAACCGAGUAGUCUAUUUUCUAUCCACUGAACUCACCGUCAGUAUGGACAUUGGGACGGAGUUCAGGCGUUGGAUAGACAAUCAUUAUCCAUAUUUUGGCCUUGAGCAUCACCUGUCAGCCGGGGAUAGCGGCUUAACAGGGUCAACCCAGCAAGUAGCGUUGGUUACAACAACACAGCAGAGAACACAGUCAAAGUUUAAGAACC